CGCCGCCUUCUGUUUGAGGCCGGAGGCGGCGAGGUGGGAAUGUCGCUGGCGCAGAGGUGGUAGGCCUGGCGGAAACGGGCGGACUGAGUGGACGGAAUCCGGGACUCUGGUUGGGCUGGGUUUCCGUGGCCGUGUUCCUGAGAGGACGACUCGGAACAGGGUCCUCAGGGACUAGGAGAAGCACGGGCUGGGCGCGGGGGAUGGAACAUUGAGGGGCACCCUGCCUGGCACCGCUGUGGCUGCGGGGCGGGCUCGCGGCGUUUCACAUGUCUUCAUGGAGUUGGUUGAAUGAAGACUCGACGUUAUUCUAGGAUCCUUCGGCCCUUACAAGCCGCUGCUAGAAAAUGCCCCACCACCUGGGAAGCUGCGACGGCAUGCUUAGGAGGUAGCAGAAAUUCCUUGAUGUGAUAUGAACCAAAACGCGUUUGCACUUGUAGGUCGCUAAAGUUGCCAUUGCACGGGGGAAACACGAGCAUUCCCCAGUGUCCACAGCCCCAGAUACACUUUGCAUUUCAAUAAGUGGCUAGGCACACCGGGAAGACAGAUGAGCGCCGCAGCCGCCUUUCUCCCUAGGGAAGAUGAACUUGCUCAGCAAGAAUGCACGUGACUGGACAGUACUGUGAAGAGCUGCAGAAAGCCCCCAAGCCCAAGAUGGCACAGAAAACCAAGAAAGGAUUGAAAGGGUCCAUUGAUGAUGUCCUUGGUGACCUCCUGGGAGAUGACACAGCACUGCUUGAGAAGCCUUUUGAGCCAUCUUCACAUGCCAAAGACACAGCAAGGGUACCUCAGUGGCCCCCUUCAAAGGCUAAAGCAAGGUCCCUCCAAAAAGACAGUGUUGAAGGGCUGAUGGGAGCUGAUGCUGAGGUCUCCAGUGUCUCGGAUGCAGACCCACAGGUCUUCUUGCAGAACAUGAAGGACCUGGACAGCAUGGAUGAUGAUCUCUUUGGUCGGAUGAAGUCUCAUCCACCCUCUGGCAAAGGAACUGCAAAGGGUUCUGGGAAAGAAGUGCCUAGCAAUCCCAAGCCUGCUGGCACAUUAACAGCUAAUGAGAAAGGAGAUGCCAUUCCCACUAAGAAGCCACCUCCCGCUUCCAGCAGCUUUGGGCUUCAGUACAAGAAGUUUUCCUUUGAAGACCCGCUGGCAGGACUUCUCUCUGAUAAGGAGGAAGAAACUGCCAAGAAGCCACCCACAAUGGAGAGUAAGCCUGCUUCCAAGAGCCCCAGCAUGGCUGCAGGCCAAGGUCCUUCUGCUCCUCCAACUCCUGGAGAUACUCCCAUCCGGAAGAAAGAAUUGCUGUUUGACGAAGGCGACGACAUCAUGACCACCCUGGGUUUUGAAGAUAGCCCCAAGGCAGAGAGGAAGAAGACAGGAGACCAGGAAAGGCCCCUCCCUGCUCGCUCAAAGCUGGAUGAACUGCUGGGUCGAGGCACAGCUGCCAAGCUCCUUACUCGACCAGGCCCUGGGGAACCCAGAGAGUUCAAGCUAGACAAGAAGUGUCAGAAGCCAGAGGACAAAGAAGACAGCUGGGAUGAUGAGAUUCUCACCUUUGGGGCUUACCAGCCCACUGUGGCCUCUUCUGAGGGCAGACAGUCCCGCCGGCAGUCGGUCAGGUUCUUAGGAGAAGGUGGCUCAGACCUUAAGGGAGAACCCAGCUUCAAACAAAGCCCUCCACCAGCUUCCAGCCCCAUCCACCCCAAGAAAGGAGGAGCUGACUGGUUAGGCCUUAAGGAUGAUGACCUGGACCUACUGUCUCCCUCUCCUGUUCAAAAGGCUCAACAAGAAGACUCAGCCAUCUCAACACCCUCUCUACCCCCUCCUGCAAGCCAGCACUCAGCCCCAGUUGGACUGCCCUCAGCAGCAAAGCCAGCAGCCAAGGGUGCAAGGCCCUCUGCCCAAGCCAGCCAGUCCUCACUGAAGGUCUCUGAGGAGCAGGAAGAUGACUGGCUGAGCCAUGUCAUAUCCCAGAAGAAGUCACAUGGUCUAGCCAGAGAGGAGCGCGCUGGGCCUUCUAAGGGCCUGAACUCACUAGGAUCAUUGGGUCAGACUCGUAGCAGCCAACCUGUCGCUAGCACUCAGGCCCUUGAGCAGGCCACUGCUGGAGAAGCCUCAAGAGCAACUACACAAGAGAUGGCAGCCGUCAGGCCUGGGGUCGCAGGAUCCUCCAUGAGUUGGAGCCAAACUUCCACUGUCCUCCCUGUAGGUGACCCCAAGACGGGAAUGGCCUCUGCCUCUGGGGACUUCUCUAUCAGAGAGCCUGCAGUUUAUGUUCCACAUUCCCAGGAACCUACAGGGCUCUCUGUGCCUGUCCAGCCCCUUCUCUCAGAGUCUGUGAUGCAGAGUCUGCUGCCAGGCUCAGGGUACCAGAAGCAACUCCUGGCCACCCAAGGGCAGCUUCAGAGCAGCACUGCCCAGCUUCAGGCCGAGCUGCUGCAGAGCCAGACCAAGCUGUCUGAGCUGGAGGCCCAGGUGCGGAAGUUGGAGCUAGAGCGGACCCAGCACAGGAUGCUGCUGGAGAGUUUGCAGCAGCGGCACCAGGCCGACCUGGAGCUCAUUGAAGAUGCGCACAGAAGCCGUGUCAAGGUGCUGGAAGCAUCCUACCAGCAGCGGGAGGAGCAGCUUCGCAGAGAGAAGGAGGCUUUGUCAGCCCAGCAUGCGUCAUACUGCCGGGAAGCUGAGCAGGCCAGGGCUGAGCUCAUAGCCCAGCACCAGCGGCACUUGGUCGUGGCUAUGCAGGAGAAGGACCAGGAGGUGGCCCGGCUUCGGGAGCUGCAGCAGGCGUCCAUCCUGGAGAUGCGCAAGGACCAUGAGCACCAACUGCAGAGGUUGAAGAUGCUGAAGGACCAAGAGAUCGAUGCUGUCACCAGUGCCACGUCCCAUACUCGGUCUCUGAACGGCAUCAUUGAGCAGAUGGAGAAAUUUUCCAGCAGCUUGAACAUGCUAUCCUCUCGUGUGGAGGCCUCACACCUCACCACCGCACAGGAACGAGAGUUGGGGAUCCGGCAGCAAGAUGAGCAGCUGCGAGCUCUGCAGGAGCGGCUGGGCCAGCAGCAGCGAGACAUGGAGGAAGAGCGUGGCCGCCUCCAGGAGGUCAUUGGGAAGAUGGAGGUACGCCUGAGUGAGCAGAGCCGGCUCCUGGAACAGGAACGCUGGCGGGUGGCCGCUGAGAAGUCUAAGGCAGAGUCUGCACAGCGCACCCUGGAGGAGCAGAGGAAGGUCAUGGUCCAACAGAUCUCCAUGGAGAGGGAGGAGCUGGAGAGAGCUAAGAGCGCCUUGCUAGAGGAGCAGAAGUCAGUCAUGCAUAAGUGUGGGGAGGAGCGCCGACGCCUAGCAGCAGAGUGGGCCGAGUAUUUCACACAGCAGAAAUUGAGCAAGGAACGGGCCGAGCGCGAGGCUGAGAGGGCCAUGCAUGCGGACUCCCAGCGUGAGGGCACCAUCAUCAGCCUGACCAAGGAGCAGGCAGAGCUGACGGUUAGGGCCUGUGAGCUCCGGGCCAGGGAAGAGAAGCUAGCUGCUGAGAGGGAGGCUCUGGAGAGAGAGCGCCAGGAGCUUCGACUGGAGAAGGACAGGUUACACAAAGCCAGCCUGCGCCUCCAGGCCCGUGCACAGGAGGUGGAACACAUGAGCAAGGUGGCCUCCAAGAAGUAUGAGGAGGGUGAGCAGGCCCUGCAGGAAGCCCAGCAGAUGCUGUCUGAGCAGCAGGGCCGGCUGCAGACAGUGCAGCGGCAGCAGGAAUGGCUGCGGCAGCAGGAGCAGCGUAUGCACCAGGAGCAUCUGAGCCUGGCUCAGCAGAGGCUGCAGCUGGACCGUGUGCGACAGGAAGUGCCUUCCAGCCUUCCGGGGCUGCCCUCUGCAGUUCAGGGCCCAGCAGCGUCCAGCAUGGAGGCCAUCCAGGCCUCUGCUCCCGCCACUCCUCAGUGUAGCCAGAUACCUGCUGCCCCGGUGCCUACACACCUUCUUGCCAAGCUGCUGCUGCUGAAGCAUACAGCAGAACAGGACCAUGACUUCCUGGAGAAUGAACAGUUCUUCCUGGAAACUCUGAAGAAAGCGCCCUACAAUAUGGCAUACCAUUCUGCCUGAAAAUACCCACUGCCUCCUCAGCAAGUAUCUGGCCCUAGAGCUCUUUCCCACUGCUGCCCAGCUCCCACUUCCAUGGAAAAGGUUCCCAGGAAGGUGGCGCACUAUCCAGAGUCUGAUUACAACUUUUUGUGUGGACAGGGUAUCUGUGUGUUCUUCCCAGGCACUAUGACCUGCAGCUGAGAGGCAGCUGGUGCCUUCCCCUGGGAGCAAUAACAGCAAGGCUGUCUCACCACCCAUCACCCACUCUUGUCCAUAGUAAGGCCCCAGCUCAUCACCCUCUUCUACAGGACAGGCACUGGGGAUCCUUAUGCCUGGCCUCAUCUCAGGGCAGUAGGGUGGGACACAAAGAACAGCCUUCUACUUUUCAGACUGAUAGGUCCCCUCCCAAAUGGGGAGAAGGGCCUCCAAGCUGAGUGAUUGGGAGGCCUGGCCAAGGACAAGGAUGGCAUUGUGCUGGAGGGCACCAUACCCAGACAGCUUCCAGUUUGGUGUUUGUGGGAUUCAUCCAGCACUUACCCCACUCUCAGGCUGCCUGCACACAUCCCGUCUCUUUCCCGUUACUUCCUGGUGAGCACCUAGCUCAUCUUGAACACCAGCUUCUUCCUCCCCAUCCAAGUCCCCACCAGGGGUGGGAUGGGGAGCUGUGGACCACAGAGGGUGUAUGGGGAAGCAGAGGAGGCAGGAAGAUGUUGAGAGCUAGGGCCUCUGCCUGGAAAUGGGUUAGCACUGAGGCCUGUGAGAGGCCACACAGCUGAGCUGCUGCUGCCCUCCACUGUCUAGUGUGCUAAAACCCUCUCAUAGGGUAUCAGGAGAGGGGCGGGAGAGGGCAAAUGAUCCAGAAGGACUCGGAAAGAAACUGCAGUUGCUCCUACAGCAGCUUCCAUUCAGGAGCACUCCUUGCUUUCCACCUGAGGGUAUGUCCACAGGAGCAGGUGGGCAGAGGAGCAAUGCCUGAGAGGAUGAAGCAGAGCCCACUUCUGCUCUCGGGACCAUUCCAAAGGAGCCUAAUCCUCUAGCCAACGAUUUGCAGCCUUGGUCUCAGAUCCAUUAAACUGCUCUAUUCUUUGGG